UUGGCGGGUGUGACGUGUCGGAGUGUGUGGCAGCGGCCGAAGCGGAAGAGACGGGACGGGACGGGACAGGACAGGACAGGACAGUGAGGAUGUGUCCGCGGCUGUCGCUACUGCUGCUGGCCGCCGUUCUCCGGGCUGCCGACGCCUUCUACCUGCCCGGUCUUGCCCCCGUCAACUUCUGUGAGACCGACGGUCCCGAGUGUCAGAGUACCAUUGAAUUAUUUGUAAACAGGCUUGAUUCGGUGGAAUCUGUCUUACCAUAUGAGUAUGCUGCGUUUGAUUUCUGUCAGUUGAAAGAGGAGAAACGACCUUCUGAAAACCUUGGCCAAGUGCUCUUUGGUGAGAGGAUUGAACCAGCUCCGUACAAGUUUCACUUCAAGAAGGACGAGGUGUGUAAGCAUGUAUGCACAAAACAAUAUGACGUUCAGAAAACAGAGGACAAAUCAAAGUUGGCGUUUUUAAAAAAUGGCAUGCAUUUAAACUAUCAACAUCAUUGGAUCAUUGAUAAUAUGCCUGUUACAUGGUGUUAUGAUGUGGAAGAAGGGCAGAAGUUCUGUAAUCCAGGAUUUCCUAUUGGUUGCUAUGUAACAAAGGUUGGCCGCCCAAAAGAUGCUUGUAUCAUUAACACUUCCUUCAAUGCGAAGGACACUUACUAUAUCUUCAAUCAUGUGGAUAUCACAAUAUAUUACCACAGUGAAGCUGAGAAAUCUGGAUCAAGACUUGUGGCUGCUAAACUCGAGCCAAAAAGCUUCAAGAAUGCACAGACCGAUAAACCAGAAUGUGCAGGACCACCCUUGGGCAUCCCUAACGAACUUAAAGGGAAAAUUAGUAUUGCUUAUACCUAUUCUGUUAAAUAUGUUACAUCACCGAUUAAAUGGGCAUCAAGAUGGGAUUACAUUCUAGAAUCUAUGCCUCAUACAAACAUACAGUGGUUUAGCAUAAUGAAUUCUUUGGUAAUUGUCCUGUUCCUUUCUGGUAUGGUUGCCAUGAUCAUGCUUCGUACCUUGCACAAGGACAUAGCAAGAUACAAUCAAGUUGAUUCAACUGAAGAUGCUCAGGAAGAAUUUGGAUGGAAAUUGGUCCAUGGUGACGUCUUCAGACCACCUCGGAAAGGAAUGCUAUUGUCUGUUUUUCUGGGUUCUGGUGCUCAAAUUUUUAUAAUGCUGUUUGUUACUCUGUUUUUCGCGUGCAUGGGAUUUUUAUCUCCCGCAAAUAGAGGAGGCUUGAUGACUUGUGCUGUUGUCUUGUGGGUACUGCUUGGGACCCCAGCAGGCUAUGUAGCUGCCAGGUUUUACAAGUCAUUUGGUGGCGAAAAAUGGAAAACAAAUGUAUUAUUGACUUCUUUUCUAUGUCCAGGAAUUGUCUUUGCUGAUUUCUUCCUCAUGAACCUAAUACUUUGGGGAGAAGGAUCUUCAGCUGCAAUUCCUUUUGGUACACUGGUUGCUGUUCUGGCAUUGUGGUUUGGUAUUUCAGUGCCUUUGACCUUUAUUGGUGCUUAUUUUGGCUUCAAGAAACAUACAAUAGAGCAUCCUGUUCAUAUUAACCAGAUUCCACGCCAGAUCCCUGACCAAUCAUUCUAUACAAAGGCUCUGCCUGGAAUUGUUAUGGGCGGCAUACUGCCAUUUGGAUGCAUCUUCAUUCAGCUGUUCUUCAUUCUCAACAGCAUAUGGUCCCACCAGAUGUAUUACAUGUUUGGUUUCCUGUUUUUGGUGUUUAUUAUUCUUGUCAUCACUUGCUCUGAGGCAACUGUUCUUCUCUGUUAUUUCCAUCUAUGUGCUGAGGACUAUCACUGGCAGUGGCGAUCAUUCCUAACCAGUGGAUUUACAGCAAUCUAUUUUUUGAUCUAUGCAAUCCAUUACUUCUAUUCCAAAUUGCAGAUAACGGGAACUGCCAGCAUCAUUCUGUACUUUGGUUACACAAUGAUAAUGGCAUUGAUCUUCUUCCUAUUCACAGGAACUAUUGGAUUUUUUGCAUGUUUCUGUUUUGUGACCAAGAUCUACAGUGUUGUCAAGGUGGAUUAAUGGAACAGCAUUUUGGGGAAAUGUGCUUAUGUUUAAUUGAACUGGUGUUUACCAAGAUGAUUUGAUAACCAGCAGAUGGGCAUCUGUUCACUGAGAAGAGCUGUUGUACAGAAUACUGUUGCAGGGUUUAUUUCAGAUUCUAAACUUAUUAGGCUAAAAUCAGUUUUGAGCAAUUGGACUAAUAUUUGGUUUUGGGGUGAAAUCUCCCAUUCACCUUUUAUGUUGAAUCAGAUUUGAAUCUGUUGCCUGUUUAUUUAUUGUGCUUCAGUUUCUAACAAUGACUUUGAGAGGUAAGUAUGAAACAAUAACGCUUCAGUAAAUUGUACAAACUUUCUACUUGGAAUGAAGAUUGCUGAUAUUCAAGGAAGCAAAAGUUGAGAAAAAUACACUAACUGUCUGGUUUCAAAUUGUUUAGCCUGGAAUCUAUUUUGUAAUUAUUUUUCCCCUUAUUUUCCUCUUUCUUAAUUAAUUUGUUUGAAGUACUGCACAACAUAUUUAAAUUUGUGGCUAGUUACGUCUAAGUGACUUUCCUCCUUUAAUACCAGAGAAUGGUGCUUCAUUUAAACAUUAUUCUCCAGGGUACAAUUUCAACAGCAUUAUUUACCAAGCUUUUUUUAAAUAAUUUAUUAGUGUUCUGAUACUAACACUGCUGUAUAGUCAUUAUUGGCUGUCACAUCACCAUAAGAUAAAGGUGAAAAGUACCUAGGUGCCCAAUAAUAUAUUUAUAUAGUGUUUAACCUAGAAUGGAUUAUCGAAUGAUUUGAAGGCCCAGGUUGUCCUGACCUGCUUCAUUGAUCACUGUACUUCCCACCUUUCUCACUGCUAUCUUGUUUUUGUUCUGUUCUAUUACUGAAAUACCUAACUUAAUGAAAAAUAGAUUCUUUGCCUAACUCCCUGCAGUCUUGUUUCAACUGUUUCUUUUUUGCAAACUUGUGAUUUCACUUCAAAGCUGUGUUCCCAAUUUGCAGUUUUGAAUGUGUCACCCUCUGGUGCAGAAAGAAGAUGUAAAGAUUUUUAUUAAAAGGAAGAAAUAAAUUUUACUAAAUAUAGGAGUGGAAAUGUCAGGUGGAAUGCUGAAUAGAAUUGUGAAAAUCUAAAGUAUUUUUUGCAUUUCUUAUUGUUUGCUAGUUUUUACGUUAUGUUCCAUGCACUUAAUACUACAGAAAUAUAUUAAGAGGAUUAAUUUUGUUCAUUGGGUGGUCUGAAAUCUGAUGGUAAUGGCUUACUUUAUUGACUCUGACCCCUUUUUGAUGGUUAUCUGAAGAUUUUAUUUGGGAAUAUUUUUAAUGUAAAUAAUAUUUUCUAUGACAAGGCAGUGGUCAUUUAUGAAGAAUAAUUUAAAUAUGAUUGAAGAAUGUUAUGCUGGGUUAUUUGUUAAUGAUAUACUUUUUAGUGGGUGUUGGAUACUGUAUAUUUUUAAUUAUUUUGGAUGACUAAAACUAAUGCUGAAUCAUUCAGAUUUCAAAUGUACAACCUCUUGUUAAAUAAACUUUGUAAAG